AUCUUUACGCAAAAGCUUGUUCAAUUAAAGGGGUAUUCUUUCUUGACCUCUUGCAAAUAAUGACAAAAGUUUACAUCAAUUUCCCUCAUUUUCAAUAACUGGCUGUUAAUUAAUUUCAGAAUUGACAAAUUUGAACUGUACCCACUGUUUAAUUUCAAGCAUGGUUAAUUGUAAGCCGUUGGAUUCAUUCAAAGAGAUGGGAUGAUUGAUGAGAGAUGGUGGAGCAGAGGAUGCAUACCAGGGGUUCGACGAAAUCCUCAAGUGAGCAACAGGCGGCGUCCCAUAUGCCACCCCUGUAUCUCAGUAUCUGUAUGAGUCAGCUGGGACAUGGGAGGAUGAGGAUUAACAAUGUUUCAAACUUGGAUUCUGGCUGGAUGGAGUAUCAACAGCAACAUUCACUGUGGACUGUGGAGAAACUGGAAAAGGUUUGGUGUUGAUAGGUUUUCUACAAAGUUUUUUUUUUUUUCCUACUUAAGGAGCUUCCAUAUAAAAAUACAUGUUUUCUAUUUAAGUUCAUAGAUUUGAGUUUUAAUGUUGUAUUUCCUGAUAAGAAGACAUUGGAAGACAAUGACCAUCAAACUUAGCUAUUGAUAAAGAUAUUAUAAAUUUGACACAAAGCAUUCUUUUCCUUUUAGUUUAAUCUAGAGAUAAAUAUGUAAGUGCAAAUUGGACCAUAAAUAUGCAAGUAUGAUUCUCACAUAGUCUCACCCAAAAACAACGUAAGCAUAUUUUAUCUUGAGUUUCAAUCCUAGUGCUUUACUUUCUCUUCAUGAAGGCUACUAAUAUUUGAAGGCGUAAUUAUUACUAUGAUCCACAUGAUACUAAUACAAUUGGUGGACUAAGUCAAUGCUUGUUUAUAUUUUUUGACAUAUGAUUAGAUCUCUACUUAUACGUGAUGUGUUGUAUAUCAUAUAACUGUACUGCAUUAAACGUCAUCCUCUUUUCUUUUCUAAUGUUGUUUAAUGUCAAUUUGCAUAAUGCAGCCAAAAAAAUUCCUUAAAUUUAAGUUCUUAAAACCUGCAGAUUCAGAGGAUUCUGUCUAUGAAGAUUAAAAUAUUGUACUCCAUAUUAGGAACAUGUUUAAUCAUACACAACAUCUGUACUAUGAAGAAGACUUCAUCAACAACACAAGUAGACUUAUCUAAAAUUUCUGUCAGAGAUCCCAUUAUCAUUGCUAUAACGUAUUAGGCCAUGUUAGAUGAGGUUUUUGAAGUAGCAGCAGGAUGUUUCUCUAUGUUUAAUCUCCUGUCCAUUUAUGUUUAAGUAUUUUGGGCCUGCUUAUCAAUCGUAUCGCUAAUCAGCAAAUUAGCUAAAACUUUCUAUCAAACAAUGCAACCUAAUGAAUAAGUAAUUCUUGGUUGAGGACAGUAAAGUCCUUUGUGAGUGCCACUUGCUAGUCAAUUUACUUUUGAAGUUACUAAAUUUAGGAUCUUGGCAGUGAUUUGACUUUUUGCAAGUUGAACAUAGCCAAGUGGUUUUAAAUUAAAGUCUCUUAUAAUUAUGCCACUUCAUCUUCACGACAAAUAUAUAGCAAGCUUUCAUCCCCAUCUGAUUGAAUUUUCCGUAUUCUAUAUUAGUAUUGGAUAAUAUAGAAUUGACUAGCUGCAUGUGAUCUUUCCUGUUUGCUGAUAGAAUACUCAUAGUAAAAGUUUAGGUGAAGAUUAUAAAUACUAAAGAACAAAUUAUGCUGUCUUUAAAACAAAUUUUAUAGCGGAAAGGAAGGUGAAGGGAAGAAAUGAGAGAUCAACAUGCUAGGCUUCGUGUUCUUUUUGGAUAUCAUUUGUAUCUCUCAAGGCUAGUAAUUCUUCCUGCACUGGGGUUGGCUCACUCAAACUGUGCUCUCUUCAAUUUCGGGGAUUCAAACUCUGACCCGGGAGCUCUGAUGACUGCUCUUGGCCUCUAUCUAGGUCCCCCAUCUGGUCAGCAGUUCUUCCACAGGCCCACUGGUCGCUUCUGCAAUGGUCGACUAUACAUCGAUUUCAUUUGUCAGAACUUGAAGAUGGAUCUUCUGAGCGCAUACCUAGAAUCUUCAGGGUCAGAUUUUAGCCAUGGUGUAAAUUUUGCUGUAGCUGGUGCUUCUACUGAAGUUAGUCUAUACAACCCUUUCUCAAUAUCCACUCAGGCAGGGCAAUUUGGCCACUUCCAGAAUCGCACAAGAGAGCUCAGGGGACGAGGUAAAGGAUCAAUGAUCAAUGAAAAGGAGUUCAGGAAUGCUGUUUAUUCAAUAGACAUUGGGCAGAAUGAUGUUAAUCUUGCUCUUGUAGCAAACUCAAGUUAUCAAGAAGUUGUCAACAAAAUUCCAAUCAUCCUUGGGAGGAUUGAAAAUUCUACUAAGGCAUUAUACAAACUUGGUGCUAGAAAAUUUUGGAUAUACGAUACUGGGCCGUUAGGCUGCUUACCACAAAUUCUAGCAUUGCGAAAGAAGAAUGACAGUGAACUGAAUGAAUUGGGGUGCCUGGCACUUUAUAACAAUGGUGCAAAGGCUUUCAAUGACGGUUUGAGUAACCUCUGUGAUAAAUUAAGAACCGAACUCAAGGAGGCUUUCGUUGUACACGUUGAUAUGUAUGCUAUCAAAUAUGAUCUGUUUGCCAAUCCAGGGAGAUAUGGCUUUGAAAACCCAUUAAUGGCUUGCUGUGGCAAUGGGGGGCCUCCCUAUAACUAUGUAGACAAGAAGACUUGUGGUGAACCUACAGCAACUGCUUGCGCUGAUCCAUCUCAUUCUGUGAGCUGGGAUGAAGUUCAUUACACUGAAGCAGCCAAUGCUGUUAUUGCAUCCAAGAUAAUGUCAGGCGAGUACUCCAAGCCAUCUAUUAAUCUGAAAAAUUUCUGCAAGGAAGUGCUUGUUUAGGCCGCAUAUUGGAAGUUCCUCAUAUAAAGUCAAGAGGCUAGAGUUGUAUGAUUACUGGCACAGCACGUCUUUAGGAUGAUCAUCCACUUUACCUCUAUUCCUGACUAAGUGGUCGAGCUGGAAGUGUUUGAUAUUGGGGGUAUUUUCGUAUUAAUAAUGUAUUAUUAUGGAGACCUCAUUGGUUUUUCUAAUCUACAUAAUGCUUAUAAUAAAGAAUUUCCAAUGUAGUCACACAGGAUCAAGAAUAUCAAUUCUUAAGUUUCAUUUCAGAUUAGAAAAUUUCAUAUUUCAUCAAGUAAACUCAACAGUCUUUUUCUAA